UCGCAGGGGAAAUCGCCAACCUUGCGGCAUGGCUCAUUGCAAUGCGAACUGAUAUCGCAACCACAAUCUUAUUACUCUAUGAAUCGCAAUGUCUUUACCACAUGCUGGGUCAGGUAUAGGGGCUCAGGCAUCUCCUUCGCAAUCGUAUAGCGAUGAUCCAAGCCCUCAGAGCGAACCGCCGAAUAGCGACACCUACCCACGGAGCUCCCGUGCUUCUUUAAGCGGAGGCUUACGCGAACCAAUAUCAUUCAAACGAAAACAGAAACAGCGAUCCAGGUUUAGCCUUUCGCGCCUUUUUCCUGGAGAAGCAACAAGAGAAGCCAGCUUCGGCUCUCCGCAUAGCGACAGACAGCCCCCUAACGGCCACUCACUAUCGUCGCGCGACGUAUCUAACAGCAACGGAAACUUAAAUCACAAGGAUUCGGGCUUUCUGGAUUGGUAUGUGGAGGGACCCGGUAGACGGGUAGGAUAUGAUGACCUUACGGCGAUCGAUUGGAUUUUUGAAUACACAAAAGAGCGACAAAGAAAACGACUACUUUAUGCAAAUGGGCAGGGACUUGUUGGAUAUGCGCGCAAAAUACUAGAUGCAAGCAAUGUUUGGAUUGUAUUGAUUGCGACGGGAAUUCUGGUCGGCAUCAUCGCCGCCUGCAUCGAUGUUUCAAGUGACUGGCUAGCAGAUCUCAAAACUGGCUACUGUAGGAACGGGGCAGGAGGAGGCAGGUUCUAUCUGAAUCGGAGCUUCUGCUGCUGGGGACAUGAUGACAUCAAUAAUUGUUUGGAUUGGACGCCUUGGAGAAAGGCCCUAGGAGUUACUUCACGCGGUGGCGGCUAUGCAGUUGAAUAUGUUUUCUACAUUCUUUACUCUGUGUUCUUCGCCGUCUGCGCAUGUGUCCUGGUCAGGACAUACGCCAUAUAUGCGAAGCAUAGUGGUAUUCCCGAGAUCAAGACCGUGCUUGGUGGUUUUGUCAUUAGACAUUUCAUGGGGCCUUGGACCCUUGCUAUCAAAUCCCUGGGUCUGUGCUUGGCUGUCGCGUCUGGUAUGUGGCUUGGCAAAGAGGGGCCUCUUGUUCAUGUCGCUUGCUGCUGUGCGAGUUUGAUAAUGAAGCCAUUCCAUAGUCUCAAUCACAACGAAGCGAGGAAACGAGAGGUCCUUUCUGCUGCCGCCGCAGCCGGAAUUUCUGUGGCCUUCGGAGCGCCCAUCGGAGGCGUUUUGUUUAGCUUGGAGCAACUAAGCUAUUACUUUCCCGACAAGACUAUGUGGCAGAGUUUUGUAUGUGCCAUGGUUGCCUCUGUGACCUUGCAUGCGCUCGACCCGUUCCGCACCGGCAAUAUAGUUCUCUACCAAGUCAAGUACACGCAUGGGUGGCAUCGCUUUGAAAUUAUCCCAUUCGUCAUACUUGGUAUCGUCGGAGGUCUUUAUGGAGCCUUUUUCAUCCGACUGAACAUGAAGGUUGCCAAUUGGCGCCGUUCACUAAGUGUCCCCCGACCGAUUCUGGAGGUGUCAGCCGUAGCUCUUCUGAGCUCAUUGAUUAACUUUCCGAAUCUUUUCAUGAAAGCUCAAAACUCGGAGCUCGUGCAUUCUCUAUUUGCAGAAUGUAGCACCGGAAGUGAAGAUCCGUUCGGCUUCUGUAAGGUCGGUGCGGUAUCGGCUAGUACAGUUGCUCUUCUGUUGGGAGCUGCCAUCCUUGGCUUUUUCCUCGCAUCAAUUACCUUUGGAUUGGACAUCCCUGCUGGUAUAAUCCUUCCCUCGAUUGCCAUUGGCGCCCUCUAUGGACGAGCUCUCGGCAUCGUCUUCCGGAUGUGGCAGCAAGCCUUCCCUAAGUUCUUCCUGUUUGGCAGUUGCGAGCCGGAUGUACAAUGCGUGACUCCAGGGAUAUAUGCUAUCAUCGGAGCAGCUUCAGCCCUCGGCGGUGCCACUAGAAUGACCGUGUCGAUUGUGGUUAUCAUGUUUGAACUUACAGGUGCUCUGACCUACGUCAUUCCCAUCAUGAUUGCAGUCAUGCUGUCUAAAUGGUGUGGUGAUAUUUUCGGGAAGCGUGGUAUCUACGAGUCGUGGAUCCAACUCAAGGAGUACCCGUUCCUCGACCAUCGCGAUGACACCGCCCCACCCGAUGUCUCUGCUCAAAAAGUAAUGACUUCUAUUGAUGACCUUACAGUUAUCACUGCCGUCGGGCAUACGAUCGACACCCUCCGCAAUCUUCUCCUGACCACGUCCUACCGUGGAUAUCCGGUUGUUAUAGACAUGUCGAAUCCUGUCCUUCUGGGCUAUAUCUCACGCAACGAGCUUUCCUACGCGCUGAAGUAUGCGGCGUCCCCUUCCGAAAAUGAAUUAUCCAGCACAGCGCAGGUGUUCUUUACGCACCAACCAUUCGCAGACCCAAGCGAGACCCUGGACCUGAGGCCUUGGAUGGACCAAACGCCGAUUACGCUCAACAGCAACACCACCUUUCUCAUUGUUCUACGAAUGUUCCAGAGACUUGGUCUGCGCUACGUUCUGUUUGCCGACAAGGGUGUCCUGCAGGGCCUGCUCACCAAGAAGGAUGUUUGGUCGAUAGUCAGCGGGUCAGGCUCCCACAAGGACGAAACCCUACUCGAGCGAACCUUCACUCAACCAAGUGCCGCGGAGGAGGUUGGCUUGCUUGGUGAUGAUGACCGCACAAGUCUUGCCAGCUCCAUCGAGCGACGGCAAUCUCUGUAAAAUGACGCAGGAAAACGUCGGACGCAAUGAUCUACCAUGAUAUGUGACUUCGUCUUAUGGAGGGAGCUGGGCUUACGUAUCUAUUUACUUUUUGAAUACUUCUCUGCAUAUGAUGCUGUAAUCUUAGACUUUUCCAUCAUUGGUGUGGACCAUUUGCCCUACUGCGGCUUAAGAGGCAUUCACUAACUCCAG